AUUCAAAACAUUUUACAAUGGUGCGCACAGAAGAAGAAAAAAAAAGAAAAUCGGACUCGAGGAGAAUUCCGUUUGCUGGAUUGCGAGAGUUGGGGAUUGAUUCGAGUCAGUGAAGUAUGUCGGUGAAACCAACAGUAGCAUUAAGAGCAAUGCUCGUCGGAGGGAUUGCUGCCUUUGCUAAAAUCGGAGGCGCAAUGAAAGCAGCUGGUGGAGUGAAGCUCGGCGCAGCUGCAGCUGCCGUGACUGCAGCAGCAACGGCUGCUGUAUCCGGAUCGAAACCAGAACUGAAAAACACUGAAGCACAAUCUUAAAAUAAAACCCCAUCCUAUUUUUUCGGGAAUUUUUGCUGAUAUCAUAAUCUGCAUUUAGCUCGGAGCGUGUUAACGCUGUUGGGACAGAACAUUAUGAAUUCUUCUAAUGAAUGGCGAAGUAUAUGCUAAUGAAUCUAGGUACACAUUUA